UCUACGCAAUGGAAUACACAGUUUUUGUUUUUCUGGCUCUCACUUUGGUCCUAUUUAUGGGUCAGAAUUGUUGGGCUGCUCCCUCGCCGGAUGAUUUGGCAAAAUUUGGGGAAAUGGAGCGAGUUAUCAAGGAGCUAACCAGUUCCGUCUUGGCCCUGAGUGGAUCUAGUCCUGACUUUAGAUCCGGCGGUGGAAAUGCCAACAGUGUUUGGCCGGAAGAUCUUCAGGCUUAAGUUUCGGACGUUUCUAGUUAGCUCGGUCUACUAAAUCGCGUUUAGCAGCUCU